AUACACCUCUUCCUUUACCUUACUUCUGUUCCCUUCUCUCUCUUCACUUUCUCUCUUAAUUUAUCAGUUUCUCUUUUUUAUCCUCCUCUCUCUAUAUCUCUCUCACCAAAAGAAAAAUCCAAAACACUGUGGCAAAUUCCAACUCUUCUCCUUCUUCUACCUCUCAACCCUCUCCAAAACGCAGCGUUUUGUCGUCUGUCUCCUGCCAGGGUCGUCUUUCCAAUUGAUGACUACAACCCCAGUUUGGAAGCUCAAACGCAGAAGGAGACGCAGCGGCGAAGGCUAAAUCCGUAAUUCUACCACCGCAUCUAAACUAAUCUGACUUCCCACCACCUCGUACUCUCCGACCAAACUAAACCAGACUCCGGAGUUUUGCAGCUUUUGUUAUGGACUUUUUGGUGGGAUCCACCUCCGCGGCGACGGCUUCCUGUCUGUUUCUCAACCAGAACGGCGUCGUAGGCGGCGGAGGCUCGGCGAUCGGGGCUUUGGGGCAGCUCAACAAGGCCCGAUCGGAGCAUGAAGACUCGUUCCUGAGCAGUUCGUCCUCGUCCAUCGGCGCUCCGGACGACAGUGACGAAGAGAAUGAAUCCAAGGAAGGGUCCGGUGACGUCACUGACAGCGAAGAGGUUCAGAGCAAGUUUAACGGCCGACCAGGGGGACUGACAUGUAUGGGAUCAAUGAGUUCUCUGGAAGAUUCUCUCCCCAUCAAAAGGGGAUUGUCGAACUACUUCACCGGAAAAUCGAAAUCAUUUGCGAGCUUGUCGGAUGUUGUGACGACCGCUUCGACGGUGAAGGAGCUGGAGAAGAGAGAGAACCCAUUCAACAAGAGAAGAAGGGUUUUAAUCGCCUCAAAGUGGUCGAGAAAGUCGUCACCAUCGUCUUUCUACAACCACCCAAACCCAAAGUCCAUGCCAUUACUAGCAUCCUUAAAUGAAGAUGAAGAACAAGAACCAGAAGAGACGCAAGAAGACCCAUCAUCAGGGCAAUCUUCAUCAGAUGAGAAAGAGCCACGCAUGAUCAGAACACCGAAAUUGCUUGACAGGGGAUUGAUGAGCUUCAAGUCCAGGAGUUGCUAUUGCCUCUCAGAUCUGCAAGGACAUGAACACUGAGCAAGAACCAAACCACCCUCACUUGGCAUGGGGGCAGUUUUUUUUUUUUUUUUUUGUCUCUGGUUGUUGUAGGGUUUGUGUAAUUGAAACUUGAAAGCCCACUAUCAAAAAAAUGAAAUUAUAAAAUGUGUAU